GUCCUGGACUACUUUGGAGAACCUGACCCUGAGACUUCAGCACGAUGUCUUACCAACAGCAGCAGUGCAAGCAGCCCUGCCAGCCUCCUCCUGUGUGCCCACCCCCAAAGUGCAAAGAGCCUUGUCCUUCUCCAAAGUGCCCUGAGCCUUGUCCUCCUCCAAAGUACCCAGAGCCUUGCCCUCCUCCAAUUUGUCCAGAGCCUUGUCCUCCUCCAAAGUGGCCAGAGCCUUGUCCUCCUCCAAAGUGCCCAGAACCUUGUCCUCCUCAGCCAUGCCAGCAGAAAUGCCCUCCUGUACAACCUCCUCCUCCCUGCCAGCAGAAGUGUCCAUCCAAGAGCAAGUGAGUGCUUCAACAGUCAUGAGGACCAAGAAAAGACGUGGAAAUCUACCUCUUACACUUCCAUAGAAACACUCCCUUCUUCCCUUCAAAGCCUAUCAUGGAUGCAGAAGAAAAACUCCACUCUUCACCUCCAUGUGUCUGUGGUCACCUGAUGGGGAAGGCAUUCCCCUGAGCUUGUUCUGCUUCUGCUAUGAAUAGGCUUCUGAGAAUAAUCCUUCCUCACUGCUUCAGUGUCCGGGAUGCUCAGAUUGAAGAGCAGCAGAUUUCCACCCUGUGCACUCAGAGGAUGUUUCCUUAACUGCCAAUCAACUUGGCUGAAUUUUUUCCA